AUGAAAUCGGCUAAGCCGGUCAAUACACCGUUGGCCAAUCAUUUCAAGCUCAGCAAACAAAGUUGUCCUACGAAUCAAGAAGAGAAAGAAUCUAUGGCGGGUGUUCCAUACUCCUCAGCAGUCGGGAGUUUGAUGUAUGCCAUGGUCUGUACCAGACCAGAUAUCGCUCACGCGGUUGGAGUUGUUAGCAGGUAUCUUUCCAAUCCUGGAAAGGAUCAUUGGGAAGCUGUGAAGUGGAUCUUGAGUUACCUAAAAGGCAGUGCAAAUAAGUCCUUGAGCUUCGGUAAAGGAAACCCAGUUCUUGAAGGAGGAAAGCUUCAGCUUUGUGCCGAGUUGAUCGGCAUGGAAUGCAUGUGA